AUGCAUUUCGAACUAUCGCCCGGCUCCUCGCCCUCCAAGUCGAUUCCUAUCAGCACUUCGCCUAGGACCAUGGCUUCUCCCACCGAGUCCCUCUACAGCAACUACUCUUGCGAGUCGAGCUCACGCCGUGGCUCCUCGUGCGCUUACCCAUCAUGGCCGACAGGGCCCUCGCUCGAGUACCGCGGCACGCCUUCAUCCUACAUCAGUGACGCCGACCUGUUUGGCGAGGACUUUGACGACGAGUUCUCCAGCCCAUUUCUCCAGGAAGCCCCAGCGCCACCACGAGUGCCACCCAUGACGCAGGCAUUCCCCGUCUUGCCACCACUCUACGCACCCAAGAAGCCCAAGAGCGAGCGCCGUCGCAGCAGCGGCCGCAAGCAGCGCCGCACUUCGAAGCCCAUGACUCCCAUUGCCGAGUCACCAGAGCAAGUCGAGUGA